AUGGCAAGUGCCGACGAAGCCAUACCUCGCGCCAAGCGACUGAAGCUGCUGCGCGAGGCCAAAGCGCGCAAGGAACGCGGUGAACCCACUAGCAAUGAAGCAGCGGACCUCUCGGACGCACCACAGAAGGCCGCGGAGCCCGAGCCGCAGGCGCUGGACGCCGAGCAGUCGACAGACGACACGUCAGAAGAAGUCCACAUAAACCCAGUGGCCGAAACACCGGAAGCAGAGAACGUCAGUGCUUUGAACGAUAGUGAAGAUGAGGUGCUGACGCUCGCGCCUAAACGUGCGAAUUGGGACAUUGAGCGCGACAUUGCGCCUAUGCUUCGCAAACUGGAGAGACGCACGCAACACGCGAUUGUCGAGAUAUUACGUGAGGAACUUGCAGCACAGCAGCUGGAGGAAGACAGCAGUACCGACGAGGAGGAGGAAGACGGCGAGGACGAGGAAGAGGUGGAGGAAGAAGAGGUGGACGAGUAA